UCAGUCUAAGAAAAUUUGACCUAUCAUGAAAACUGGUUCUCAGUCUUUGUAAUUAUCGACUUAAACUAAAGAGGGCGAAUUCGGAUUUUCUUGCGAUUCUCAAUUUCUCAUUUUAUCAAAGGCGAUCAACCCAAUGAUCCAUUUGCUGUAAAACAACUAUCUUUAGCCAGGAGGAUCAUCGUUAAUCAUAUACUACACUUCUCAUCCAUUCGUCACAUCAAUCAAUACAUACUCCAUGAUUACACUUUCAUAUUUACAGACUGAUUAAUUAUGGAUAACGACUCUACGAAGCCAGCGGCGAAGAGGGUUCAUGGCUGGUGGUUUAGGAAGAAGAGAAAGCACAAGAAGAGAUCUGAUCCAUUCUAUCUUGGUCUUGUUACAGAUGGUGGAGAAGAUCAUGACAACGAUGAAUUUGUUAGUAAUUCCAUUAGCUCUACUGCUAAUGAUCCAUGCCCAUCAAUCAAUGAACUAAAAGUGUUUGUAGGUACUUGGAAUCUUGGUGGUAGGUCCCCUUCUGGAUGUUCAGCAACUGAUAUAGAUGAAUGGCUGAAUCUGAAGGAUGCUGCAGACAUAUACAUUAUAGGAUUUCAAGAAAUUGUUCCUCUGGUAGCCAGAAAUGUAAUUGGAACAGAAGAUCUAACUGUUGCCACAAACUGGAGUAUGCUAAUUGGGCAAACACUUAAUCCAACCACAAGUGACGGUUAUCAGUACCUAGGAGUUUCACACUCGGAUAAGAAAGAUAAAGUUAAUCGUCGCUUCUGGGCUACUCCAGGAAGAAAUCAGUCUAAGGAUCAAAACAUGGAGAAGUAUCAAUACAGUAGAUACAAGCUAAUUGCAAGUAAGAAGAUGGUUGGAAUUUUCGUCAGUGUUUGGAUAAAGAGGGAAAUAGAUAUAAGAUACCAUGUAUCAAAUGUGAGAUUCUGUUCGGUGGCUUGUGGAAUCAUGGGUCGUUUAGGAAACAAAGGAUCAGUUUCAGUUAGCUUGUCAAUUGAAGGAACCACUUUUUGCUUCAUUGUUGCUCACCUAGCAUCUGGUGAAAAAAAGGGAGAUGAAGGAAGAAGGAAUCACCAAGUCUCCGAGAUAUUUAAGCGAACAUCUUUUCCUCGAUUGUCUCGAGAUAAUGGUGAUUUUCAUCCACCGACCAUUCUGGGGCAUGAUCGGAUAUUCUGGUUUGGGGAUUUAAACUACAGACUAUAUUUAGAAGACAACUCAGCCAGGCAAUUGAUAAAGAAAGAAGAUUGGAUGGCACUUCAAAAGUUUGAUCAGCUUCGGAAAGAACUGGAAGAUGGUGGAACAUUUCACGGUUGGAAAGAGGGAAAUAUAGAGUUUGCUCCUACUUACAAGUAUUCAUCAUCAAAUUGCAACAGGUAUUCUGGUGGCCUUCCAAGCAAAGCAGGAGAAAAGCAAAGGACCCCAGCAUGGUGUGACAGGAUUCUGUGGUAUGGGAAAGGAGUGAAGCCGCUUUCGUACUUCAGAGGCGAGAGCAAGUUUUCUGAUCAUCGUCCUGUCUCUGCACUUUUCAUGACACAGAUUGAAGAUGUUCAAUCCCAGAAUGCGAAAGUCGUUCCUUACCAACAACCCAUCCUUCCAGACAUAACAUCAUCUAAACUAGCUAAAUCAGGGAACAAAGAAGAUGGGUCAUCGAGGACAUUAAUGACCUUGCUGAAAUGUGAAACAGAAACAUCAUAAGGAUACAAUGUAUGCAACAUUAUCAUAUCACAACAGGGCAAAGAGAUAUGUUGUGUACAGAUUGUACAGUGUGUGUUGCAUUCUGAUCAUUUUUCUUUUCAUUUAUCUCCAUUCUUUAACUAUGAAACUAAAGCGCAUAUAGAGAAAUCAUAUAGGACCUAUUUUUACAUUGAUAAAA